CUCAGCGCUGUCAUGGCGGCAGAGAGCGGCCGUGUUUGCAGCCGAGGCAGGAAGAGAUGGGGCUAAGGGAGACCGCGGGGUGAGGCAGCGGCGGCUGAAACUUUCGGCUCCUUCCCGCUCCAGGAGCGGCGGGUGCUUCUGCGCCAGGGGGGCUAGCGGCCCAAGGGCUCGCGCGAGUGCGGGGUACCAGAGCAGCCCGCUCUCCCCGCCCCUCAGCCGGGCAUUAAAGCGAGCCUCUGCCCCCCCCCCCCCCCCGCCACCCCCGGCGGCGCACGAGACGCGAGGAGGAGGAGAAUUAGGGCUUUACGUACCUGCCUCGGGGCAGUGAGGCAGCUGACCCAACCCUGCUGUUGAGGAAAAAGCGAAGAUUGGGCGAGCGCUCUCCACACCCGCUGUACUUAGGGUUUUUCGCAAGUUGGACCUGAAGAGAGAGUGAGCAAGAGACCUCUUUCCCUGCCACUGAAAUCACUCCUCAUUGGCUGUGGCGGCUGUGCCUCUGGCAUCUCAGCUAGUGGUAACUUGAACUUAGCUAGCUAUGGCUAGUGAAGACAAACAGGUUCUUCAGCCAACAGGUGAUGGAGGAGGAGGAGGAGGAGGAGGGAAAGGAGGAGGUUCUGCUGAAGUGGGGAGUACGCUGCAGCCCUUGAACCCAGGAGUCCCUAUCCGAGGCAUCAGGAUGAAAUUUGCAGUGCUGACGGGACUGGUUGAAGUUGGCGAAGUAUCCAACAGGGACAUUGUAGAAACUGUAUUUAACUUGCUUGUAGGGGGCCAUUUUGAUCUGGAAAUGAACUUUAUUAUCCAAGAAGGAGAGAGUAUUAUCUGCAUGGUAGACUUGUUGGAUAAAUGUGACAUCACUUGCCAGGCUGAGGUGUGGAGCAUGUUUACAGCAAUCCUGAAGAAGAGUAUACGGAAUCUACAAGUCUGCACAGAAGUAGGGCUUGUUGAACAAGUGCUACAGAGAAUUGAUAAAACUGACAAUAUGAUUGCAGAUCUCUUAGUUGAUAUGUUGGGAGUGCUGGCUAGCUAUAAUUUGACGGUCCGGGAGCUAAAAUUGUUCUUCAGCAAACUCCAAGGAGAAAAAGGAAAAUGGCCACCACAUGCUGGAAAAUUAUUGUCUGUAUUAAAACACAUGCCUCAUAAAUAUGGUCCUGAUGCCUUCUUCAACUUUCCAGGAAAAAGUGCUGCAGCUAUUGCCUUACCUCCUAUAGCCAAGUGGCCCUACCAGAAUGGAUUUACUUUUCACACUUGGUUAAGAAUGGAUCCUGUAAAUAAUAUCAAUGUGGAUAAGGAUAAGCCUUACUUAUAUUGUUUUCGAACAAACAAAGGACUUGGUUAUUCUGCUCACUUUGUUGGAGGCUGUUUGAUUGUGACAUCAAUAAAGUCAAAAGGAAAAGGAUUCCAGCACUGUGUGAAAUUUGAUUUCAAGCCACAGAAGUGGUAUAUGGUUACUAUAGUGCAUAUCUAUAACCGCUGGAAGAACAGUGAACUUCGGUGCUAUGUGAAUGGGGAACUCGCAUCAUAUGGAGAGAUAACGUGGUUUGUCAAUACCAGUGAUACGUUUGAUAAAUGUUUCCUGGGUUCUUCAGAAACAGCAGAUGCUAAUCGAGUGUUUUGUGGGCAGAUGACAGCUGUUUACCUUUUCAGUGACGCUCUCAAUGCUGCUCAGAUUUUUGCCAUUUAUCAGCUUGGCCUGGGAUACAAGGGAACGUUUAAAUUCAAGACAGAAAGUGAUCUCUUCCUUGCUGAGCAUCACAAACUGUUACUGUAUGACGGCAAAUUGUCCAGUGCUAUUGCUUUCACAUACAAUCCAAGGGCUACUGAUGCACAGCUUUGUCUAGAAUCAUCCCCCAAGGAUAACCCUUCUAUCUUUGUUCAUUCACCACAUGCUCUCAUGCUUCAGGAUGUGAAAGCAGUCCUAACACAUUCUAUCCAAAGUGCUAUGCAUUCAAUUGGAGGAGUGCAGGUACUUUUCCCUCUGUUUGCACAGUUAGACCAUAGGCAAUAUUCAUUGGACCAAGUUGACACAACUGUUUGUUCUACUUUGCUGGCUUUCAUCAUGGAGUUGCUGAAGAACUCCAUUGCUAUGCAAGAGCAGAUGCUUUCCUGUAAGGGCUUCCUUGUGAUGGGACAUACUCUUGAAAAGUCUUCCAAAGUCCAUGUUACCAGAGUUGUGCUAGAACUAUGUCUUGCCUUUGCUAAAUAUCUGAGUAAUUUGCACAAUGGGAUUCCGUUGCUUAAACAGCUGUGUGAUCACAUUCUCCUUAACCCUGCAAUAUGGAUUCAUACACCAGCGAAGGUUCAGUUGAUUCUGUACACUUACCUGUCUACUGAGUUCAUUGGCACUGUUAACAUAUACAAUGCAGUUCGGCGAGUUGGGACAGUUCUUCUGGUAAUGCAUUCCUUAAAAUAUUACUACUGGGCCGUGAACCCUCAAGAUCGCAGUGGUAUUACUCCAAAAGGUGUAGAUGGACCACGCCCUAAUCAGAAGGAGAUUUUAUCUCUGCGAGCAUUCUUACUGAUGUUCAUUAAACAGCUAGUGAUGAAGGAUUAUGGAGUGAAAGAAGAUGAACUGCAGGCUAUCCUCAAUUAUCUGCUCACAAUUCAUGAGGAUGACAAUCUAAUGGAUGUCUUGCAGUUGCUUGUUGCUCUGAUGUCAGAGCAUCCAAGUUCUAUGAUUCCUGCUUUUGAUCAGAGGAAUGGAUUACGGGUUGUCUACAAACUUCUAGCAUCAAAAAGUGAAGGGAUCAGGGUACAAGCUCUAAAAGUGAUGGGCUACUUCUUAAAACAUCUAGCACCUAAGAGAAAAGCUGAAGUCAUGCUUGGACAUGGAUUAUUCUCUUUGCUGGCUGAAAGGCUGAUGCUUCAUACAGGCUUAAUCACCAUGACCACGUACAAUGUCCUGUUCGAGAUUCUUAUUGAACAAAUUUGCACUCUAGUAAUACAUAAACAGCAUCCUGACCCAGAUUCAACAGUGAAGAUACAAAAUCCUCAGGUAUUGAAAGUAAUCGCGACUCUACUACGUAACUCUCCCCAGUGCUCAGAAACUCUGGAGGUUCGUCGAGCUUUUCUCUCAGACAUGAUUAAACUGUUUAAUAACAGCAGAGAAAAUAGGAGGAGCUUGUUGCAGUGCUCAGUGUGGCAGGAGUGGAUGCUUUCUCUUUGCUAUUUCAACCCCAAGAACUCUGAAGAGCAGAAGAUAACUGAAAUGGUGUAUGCCAUUUUUAGAAUCUUGCUUUAUCAUGCAGUGAAAUAUGAGUGGGGUGGCUGGCGAGUUUGGGUGGAUACACUGUCAAUCACACAUUCAAAGGUAACGUUUGAAAUGCAUAAAGAGAGCCUUUCCCAAAUGUACCGGGAUUACCAAAGGAAAGGAGAUGAAGGAAGUGGAACAGUUCCUUCCACCCCUGUUAGAAUUAUCUCAGGAGUUAGCAGAGAAGCUGAAAUCGCAAGGAGGCAACAGCUUGUGGAGGUGAAAGAAGCUGCUGCUUCUGCAUAUGUUGGGGCUGAUACCGUGGAGCACAGUGCUCAAAAAAAUGAGACAAAAGCCUCAUCUGAAUGUGAGCUACAAAGUCAUUCACCAUCUAAUGAAGGGAAGAAAUCUGAGGGAGAAAAUGGUCAGAGAUCACCUGACUUAAAGAGAGCACCUUGCUUAGAAUUUCCUCCACAGACAGAAGCAGUAAAACCGGGGGAUUCAGAAAUCACUUCUGGAAUUGCUGAAGCAACUGCAGAUUCUCUGAGUAAAGCUAAAGAACUUGUGGAAGAAACAGCAGCUACUGAUGGGGCUUCUCUAACUGUACAAACUGUUUUAGAAGGGGAGACACCUGAAAGCCCAGAAAUGCUGGAGGAAUUUACACCAGAGGUGGAAGAUGAUGACUUUGUUGAUUUAAAAGAGGAAAGCAAUCUGCCUUUACCUUCAGAAGAGUUGGUACUAAAACCCAGUGAAGAGAAUAGCUCACCUGAAAAUGAAAGCCAAAUAACAGUAGCAAUGAACGAAGAAACUGUUGAGAAGGAACCUGAGACAAUACCUUUAGAAUCCAAAAGUGCUGAAAUCUUGAACAAGACAAGAGAAGAAUUGGCUUCCUUGUCAGAAACAGUGACCUCUGAAGUCCAAGAGGAGACAAGUCAACUAAAUUCAGAAGUGAAUGAGAAGUUAGAGGAAUUAAAACCUGAUGGCAGUGAAACCAAAGCAAUUGGAGGAGAUGCAAACACACAUACUUCAGAAGCUUCUGUGACCUCAGAGAAAAAAAUUGCCAAGCUUGAUGUUUCCAGUGUAGCAUCAGACACCCAGAGACUGGAACUAAAACCCAACACAAGCCUGGAAGCAACUCAGCCUCUUAGACCCCUACCUGAGAUAUCAAGGCAGGAAGAUUCAUCAGGACAGGACUUGGCUACUGCAUCUGAUGGGCAGAGAAGAGAUUCCAGAUCAACUAUGUUUCGUAUUCCUGAAUUUAAGUGGUCCCAGAUGCAUCAACGUUUGCUCACAGAUUUACUUUUUUCUAUAGAAACGGAUAUACAGAUGUGGAGAAGCCAUUCUACAAAGACUGUGAUGGACUUUGUGAACAGCAGUGACAAUGUCAUCUUUGUACACAACACAAUUCACCUCAUCUCUCAAGUUAUGGACAACAUGAUCAUGGCUUGUGGUGGUAUAUUGCCAUUGCUUUCUGCUGCUACAUCUGCUACACAUGAAUUAGAGAAUAUAGAGCCAACUCAAGGACUUUCAAUAGAAGCUUCGGUAACAUUUCUUCAGAGAUUAAUCAGCCUUGUGGAUGUGUUAAUUUUUGCAAGCUCUCUUGGCUUCACUGAAAUUGAGUCUGAGAAAAAUAUGUCAUCUGGAGGAAUUCUGAGACAAUGCCUUCGACUGGUGUGUGCAGUGGCAGUAAGAAAUUGUUUGGAGUGCCAGCAGCAUGCACAAAUGAAACCUAUUGGAGAAACUGUAAGGAGUCAGAAAACAAUGCAGAGCCUUAUAGGAACAGGGAAGUCUGCAGCAAAGAGUCCAGUUGACAUUGUGACUGGUGGAAUUUCUCCAAUACGAGACCUUGACAGACUUCUGCAGGAUAUGGAUAUUAACCGGCUUCGAGCAGUAGUGUUCAGAGAUAUAGAGGAUAGUAAACAAGCUCAGUUCUUGGCCUUGGCUGUAGUAUAUUUUAUCUCGGUCCUUAUGGUGUCAAAAUACAGAGACAUACUGGAACCCCAGAAUGAAUGGAGGCAACCUCAUCGUAGCCAGUCAUUCAAGGGAACAGAGAAUGGAAGUAGUGAGGCAAUAUCUACAGAUGUAGAAAACCCAUCUGCUACUACUGGUGCUUCAACUCCAGUAUCAACAGAAGAUUCUGAAAGUUCAGCACCUGUACGAAGAAGAGACUCGGGCAUUGGAGAGGAAUCAACUUCAGGUCAAGCAAACAAUUCAGAUGCUGUUGCUGAAGCAGGACCACAGAGUGCCAGUUCAGGUCCAGACGCUAUCAGUGAAGUAUUAUGCACACUUUCUUUAGAAGUCAAUAAAUCUCAGGAAAACAGGAGUGAGGCAGGAAAUGAGUUGACUGAGAAGACUGCAUCUUCUGUACCAUCUUCAAAAAAUGUCAACGUAAAGGACAUCCUCAGAAGCUUGGUUAGCACCCCAGCAGAUGGUGCCACAGUGGAUCCUACCCUUCUGCCGCCAACCUUCCUUGGAACUCUUGGUGAUACUGCUGCUGAGCAGCAUGUGCAAUUCCGUUCCUUUGACAGGAGUGUUGUUGUAGCUCCAAAGAAGUCAACAAUUUCCCCUUCUACAGCUACCAUGAGUGUACCCACAAAUGCUGUCAGCGUGGUUUCUUCAUUAGAUUCAGCGCAGGCCCCAGACCUGACAGGAGAAUAUCCUGGCUGUGGAUCAUCUAAUUCAAAAUUGCCACCUGUGCCUACGGUUUCUUCUGUUCCAGAGGAUUCUGCUUCAAAUAUGAGUAUUACAGAGAGGCUUGAACAUGCUUUGGAAAAGGCUGCCCCUCUUCUGAGAGAGAUUUUUGUGGAUUUUGCUCCCUUUCUUUCUCGCACUCUUUUGGGUAGCCAUGGGCAGGAGCUGCUGAUAGAAGGUACAAGUCUGGUCUGCAUGAAAUCUAGUAGUUCAGUGGUGGAGUUGGUCAUGUUACUUUGCUCUCAGGAGUGGCAGAACUCAAUACAGAAGAAUGCAGGCCUAGCAUUUAUUGAACUUGUCAACGAAGGAAGAUUGCUGAGCCAAACAAUGAAGGAUCAUUUAGUAAGAGUGGCAAAUGAAGCAGAAUUUAUCUUAAGUAGACAGAGAGCAGAGGAUAUUCACAGACAUGCUGAAUUUGAGUCGCUGUGUGCCCAGUAUUCUGCAGAUAAACGAGAGGAUGAAAAGAUGUGUGAUCAUUUGAUAAGAGCAGCCAAGUUCCGAGAUCAUGUGACUGCAUCCCAACUCAUACAGAAAAUUAUCAACAUUCUGACAGACAAGCAUGGAGCCUGGGGAAAUUCUGCAUCGAGACAUCCUUCUUUAUUUGUGGAUGCCAGAAUGGGACACAGUAUUCCAGCAGCAGUCACUCGUCCUCGUGAGUUCUGGCGCCUUGACUACUGGGAAGAUGACUUGCGGCGCCGGCGACGAUUUGUGCGUAACCCCCUUGGAUCGACACAUCCUGAAGCGACACUAAAAGCAGCUGUAGAACAUGCUCCAGACGAAGACGUGCUUCUUAAAGGAAAGCAGUCCAUCAAGAGUCAGGUUUUAGGAAAUCAGAACUCGGAGAGUGAGAUUCUCUUGGAAGGCGACGAUGAUACCUUGUCAUCCAUUGAGGAGAAAGAUUUGGAGAACUUAAUUGGUCCAGUUAGCCUGUGUACACCAGCACAGCUUGUGGCUCCCUCUAUAGUAGUGAAGGGCACUCUUUCCAUCACCUCUUCUGAACUCUGCUUUGAGGUAGAUGAAGAAGAUCCCAGUUUUAAGAAAAUCGACCCCAAGAUUCUGGCUUAUACAGAGGGACUCCAUGGAAAAUGGCUGUUCACAGAGAUUCGGUCAAUUUUUUCCCGACGCUAUCUCCUGCAAAAUACAGCAUUGGAGAUCUUCAUGGCAAACAGAGUUGCUGUUAUGUUCAACUUCCCAGACCCAGCAACAGUAAAAAAAGUGGUUAAUUGUCUACCACGUGUUGGCAUUGGCACUAGCUUUGGGCUACCACAGACCAGACGCAUCUCUUUGGCUAGUCCACGCCAGAUUUUCAAAGCUUCCAAUAUGACCCAGCGGUGGCAGCACAGAGAAAUUUCAAACUUUGAAUAUCUGAUGUUUCUAAACACCAUAGCUGGACGUACUUACAAUGACUUAAAUCAGUAUCCCGUAUUCCCCUGGGUUAUCACUAACUAUGAAUCAGAAGAGUUGGAUCUUACGCUUCCUAGCAACUUCAGGGAUUUGUCAAAGCCAAUUGGUGCUCUAAAUCCAAAGAGAGCAGCAUUCUUCGCAGAGCGAUAUGAAUCAUGGGAAGAUGAUCAGGUUCCAAAGUUUCACUAUGGCACUCAUUACUCAACUGCAAGUUUUGCGCUCACUUGGUUGUUGAGAAUUGAGCCCUUUACAACAUUUUUCUUACAUGUACAAGGCGGGAAGUUUGACCAUGCAGAUAGAACUUUUUCAUCAAUUUCAAGAGCAUGGCGCAACAGCCAGCGUGACACUUCUGAUAUCAAGGAGCUGAUUCCUGAAUUUUAUUAUCUCCCAGAGAUGUUUGUCAACCUCAACAAUUACAAUCUAGGUGUGAUGGAUGACGGAACGGUGGUAUCUGAUGUUGAACUUCCACCAUGGGCCAAAACCCCAGAAGAAUUUGUUCGCAUAAACAGGCUGGCCUUGGAGAGUGAGUUUGUUUCAUGCCAGCUUCAUCAAUGGAUCGAUCUAAUUUUUGGCUACAAACAGCAAGGGCCAGAGGCUGUCCGAUCCCUGAAUGUAUUCUACUACUUAACCUAUGAAGGAGCAGUCAAUCUGAGUUCAAUAACUGAUCCUGUAUUGAGAGAGGCUGUUGAAGCUCAAAUACGAAGUUUUGGACAGACCCCUACCCAACUACUCAUAGAGCCACAUCCUCCAAGAAGUUCUGCCAUGCAGGUGUAUCUCCUCCUGCAGAGUCCAUUGAUGUUCACAGACCAAGCUCAACAGGAUGUUAUCAUGGUUCUAAAGUUCCCAUCCAACUCCCCUGUCACUCAUGUAGCAGCCAACACCCAGUCUGGUCUGGCAACUCCUGCUGUGAUCACAGUCACUGCCAACAGGCUAUUUGCUGUGAAUAAGUGGCAUAACCUUCCUGCUCAUCAAGGUGCUGUACAGGACCAGCCAUACCAGCUGCCAGUGGAAAUCGAUCCUCUCAUAGCCAGCAAUACAAGUAUGCACAGGAGACAAAUCACUGACCUGUUAGACCAGAGCAUUCAGGUCCAUUCCCAGUGUUUUGUCAUCACCUCUGACAAUCGUUAUAUCCUGGUAUGUGGCUUUUGGGACAAGAGUUUCCGGGUCUAUUCUACUGAUACAGGUAAACUAAUACAAGUAGUGUUUGGGCACUGGGAUGUUGUCACCUGUCUUGCCCGCUCCGAAUCCUACAUUGGAGGAAAUUGUUACGUUCUCUCAGGAUCACGUGAUGCAACACUGCUGCUCUGGUACUGGAAUGGCAAAACCAAUAGCAUUGGUGAUAAUUCAAGUGGUGAUUUUGCCACUCCCCGAGCCAUCUUGACAGGACAUGACUAUGAGAUCGUUUGUGCUACAGUUUGUGCUGAACUUGGUCUGGUAAUAAGUGGUGCUAAAGAAGGACCAUGUCUCAUACAUUCUAUGAAUGGAGACCUAUUGAGGACAUUAGAAGGUCCUGAAAACUGCUUGAGACCAAAACUUAUCCAGGCUUCAAGAGAGGGCCACUGUAUCAUAUACUAUGAAAAUGGCCUUUUCUGUGUAUUCAGUGUGAAUGGGAAACUUCAAGCCACUAUGGAAACAGAUGACAAAAUAAGGGCAAUCCAGCUGAGCCGUGAUGGACAGUAUCUCCUUACAGGCGGAGACAAUGGGGUCAUCAUAGUAUGGCAAGUGUGUGACCUCAAGCAACUUUUUGCUUACCCCGGCUGUGACGCUGGAAUCCGUUCCAUGGCCCUGUCAUAUGACCAAAGGUGUAUAAUGACUGGCAUGGCUUCUGGGAGCAUAGUGCUUUUCUACAAUGAUUUCAACCGAUGGCAUCAUGAAUAUCAAACCAGAUACUGAUGUUGCAGCAGACGAGAACUAGCACUGACAUGGGCAGCUGCUGUCAGAAUGAAACUGAACAUAGCAAGCCUCUAUUCAGUAUCAUGCCGCAGCAUUGUUCUGUAUAAAUAGCUGUAUUACAUCUGAAUGUAACUUAAAUUUGCUCGAAGAAGCAAACUAUUUUUUAAAGUUAAUUGCUAUUUUUGUAGACCUUGCAUGAUUUUUUGGGGGCAAAGGGCAAAGAAGCAGAAAAAUGGCUGCUGCGUUCUGUAGUUAAAAAUCUAUAUUUUUAGUCAUUUUGAGAAGUCUAUUUUGAUUCAUGUAUGGAAAGAAACUUAAGAUAAAGAUGGUUAAAUCUCUUAUUCUAGCUAUAUUAUGAAGAAAUACAUUUCCCAUCUAAAGCUUUAUCUAUAACCUUGAGGAAUAUAUGAUUUUAACGAAUUGAAAGUGGGUUAUAAUACUGGGGAUUUUAAUUUGUGCUACACUUUGUCUUGAUGUACUUUUCCAAAUGAUUGUACUUCUUCAGCACUGAAGUUUCUGGGAAUCAAUAAUGAUAUUUAAAUUAUGAUAAAUGUAAUUUUAAACAUGACAAGGAAUUGUUUCCAUCAAUAUUACUAUUCAAGCAUGUUUCUAGACCUAGACAAUUAAUUCUUUUUUUAGUUAUAUGUUUUUGUUGUGCAGUUAAGAGGGAGAAAUCAUCAACAGAGUCUGUGUUACAUCAAAUGUGAAUCCUACUAGUUUUUACCUGAUAUCUUCUUCAGAGCACACCAAAAUGUGCAUUGUUCCUCAAAAUCAAAACUUCAACUUGGGGAGUUUGGACACGUCCUCAAACUAGCAACCUACAUAAUAUUUCUUUUUAAUUUUUAACCGAAGCACACUUCUGCUGCUUGAUUAUGAAAGCACUAAGAGGCAGGCAUUCAAAUGUUCACAGCCUCUACAUCUUUGCAGAAGCUCUAGACUUGCAAACUUCUUUCCCAUUUUUUAGUUUUUUUCUUCAGAGGACUAACCACCAUAGUUAUAUAGCAGAUUCCAUAUCUUGUGCUGUGUAUGGCAACAAAACUGUUCAGUUUCUGCUAUCACCAAAUCCAAUCCAAUCUUGUCCAAUCAUGUUAAUAAAUUAUCUCCUCCCUUAGGAAAUGAAAAAUAAUUUAUACUAAGGAACAAUAAGUUAUUUUGGUGUUGCAUAAUUCUACUUUUCUACAAAAUUGCUGUGCAGAAUUCUGUGAAAAUAUUUGUGAAAAGAACUGUAUUGUUUUGUAAGUCUGUAUUGCAUAAAUAAUUGUUUGUAUGUUGUGAUCUACAUGAGUUAAAACUUACAUUCCAUAUCUGUAUCAAUUUAUCUAGCUGCCUACUGGAGCAGUUCCCAUUUUUCUCUUUAAGCAAAGAUUUGAAUGAGAAAACUCAGUUUGAGUGAAGAAAUUAAAUAAAAUGGCAUUUGUAAUUGAGACCUUCAAUGCAGUGCAUUGGGCUGCUGUGUUUUCCAUAUGUACAUACAAAAGAGAAAACAGCCACCAUCACCCAAUGCAUUUGCAAAUACAAAGCAAACACAGGGUUUUGAGACAAUAAUGGCCUGAUUUUCCAUUGUGUUAUACCAUUUUUAUGCUGGUACAGUAUAUCUAUAUUGAUGUCAGUGGAGUUACACACUAAGGUGUAACAGAAUGGAAAAUCUGGUUAAUGAAAUGUGGUAGUCAUUAUCUCCACCUGAUGAAGUGCGGAACAGUCACCCACUAAUAAAAUGCCUUGAAUUGAGAUUGUAUAAAAAUAAUGUACUUUACAAACUUUUGCUAUUUGCAAAAUUCAUAUCUCUUUAUAAAUAGAUUUUAAGCAGACAUAGAUAUGAACUUGAAGUUUUUCUAAGGAGGAAUAUUCUCUGUAUAUGUUCGUAAUGAAUAUAUAAGUGCUGUGUAAUGAGUUGGUUACUAAUGUCUGCAGUGAGGGUCUGAUGAAUCUCCAUCAUCUAUCAUAUUAUCCAGGUGCAAAAUACAGAAUUUAAAACUUUC